AUGCUUGACUUGCUUAUGUUGCACUGCUCGUUAGGUAAAAUAUGACGUCAUAAAAGCCAAUUAGUGACGUCAUCGGAUAAGGAUUUGCUUUUCGGACCGAAAAAAGACCUUAUGAGAAGUUUUCGUCUUAGUGUGUAAAAAAAAAUGACGUCAUUAAUUGUUUCUGCAACUUUAGUAACGACAUUUUAAAGAUCAGUUUUAGAAGUUUCAGCUCAUGCCUGAGUUUCUUCUGUUGCUUGGCUCAUUAGAAAGUAUGACGUCAUCGGAUCAAGCUUACCGUCAGAAUCAAUUUCGGAUUUCGUGCUUGUAUUUUGAGACCUCAUGAUAAUUCGUCAUCUGAUUUGCUAGGUAUAAAAAGGACGUCAUCACUUGCUCUUGCUGCUUUGGUGACGUCAUUGAAAAGAAAAAACUCAAUUUUAGGAUCAGUUUUGGAAGUCUUAGCACUUGCUUGGCUCGCUUCUGCUGCUUGGCUCAUCAGAAAAAAUAUGACGUCAUGAAAUACAAAUUGAUGACGUCAUCGAAUAAGAAGUUAUCCACAGGCCAAUUUUGGAUUUUAUCUUGCAUUUUGAAAUCUUUUAAAAGGUCUUCCUCUGACUUGCUUGGUAGAAAAAUGACGUCAUUAGUUGCUUCUGCUUUGAUGACGUCAUACCAAAAUGGGAAAAUACAGUCCCGGUAAACUUUUGAAGCUGAAAAUCUUACCUGACUUCUUCCAGUUGCUCCCUUGACGUCAUCAGAUGACGUCAUUGAGCUCUUCACGCAUCUGCUUUAUUGACGUCAUGAUUGCUCUUUGAAUUUUCAGUUCUUGUUCGGAUUACUUGUCCGUCCUGACGUCAAUGAAGGCUAAAAUAAUCGAAAAAUUCCAAGUUUAGUUGCUUUGGCGAUGUUACUUCUUUCCUUGAACAAGAAAAAGCUGAAAUUCUGAAAUUUUAAUAAAAUUUGACGUCAUUUACAGAAAUCUGCUUUAAUUCAUGAUUUUUAGAUUACUAACGUUCCUUUAUUUUUUUUGUUAAACGAGAAAGAAACAUUUUUGAACUUCAGAAAAAAACCGCUACGCAUCAUUUCUUGCGUCGCGGCUUGUUCUUUUUAUAGGCCAUCAUUUUUUUUCCUCCGAAAAUUGCACAUUUUUAAGCCGAUGGUCAAGCAAUUUCAAUAUAUUUUCUCCGCUCCAAGGCCAACGGCUCAUUUCUCUCAACGCUCUCUCGCUUCCCCACACUAUUUUCAUGCCUGUAAACCGUCCUAUCAUCAUUUUGCCCUUCGUCCCCAUGUCAAUUUUCGCCAUUGCAAUAUCAAGUCUUUUUAUAUUUUCUCCGCAUUUUGCUUUAUUUCAAUUAAUGUACACUGAUAGUUUUUCAGUAUGUCGGGUAUCGUUCGACAGAGAAAUCGAGAGAGAUUGAAAAAGAGCGAGAAUGAAGAAAAAACGGAUUUGAUUGAUGAUGUGAAACCGAAAGAUUCGAGCUUAUUAUCGUCGGAACACUGGAUUUUUGUAUUUUUCGUAUUUUUCCUGCUUCUCGUUGUUUCAGUGCGACUUCACACGAGUCUACCGACGCCUAAACCACCUAAUAAAGGUGGGAAAUUCAUUAAAAACGAAUAAAUUUUCGUGAAGCACGCAAUCUGCAAACACGUCUUGGCUUGAAUGCACAUUAAGCAUUUGAUCUUACGACAGUUAAUGAUUUUCACUGCGUAUCCUAUUUUUUAAAUUUAACUUUGGUUUUCAGUCUUUUUAUCAUUAUAUAGUUGUUGAAGUAGAGUCGGUUUCGUUAGCUUCAGAGAGUUUUUUUGAAGGUGAUCGCUGUUUUUUCGAGGAUUUUCACAAAUAAAAAAAUGUUUUUUUAAAAAAAUUUUUCAAAUUUCGUCAUUUUACCUUUUUUCUUAGGAACAUCGCGUAUUGCAAUACGGAUUUUUUUAAAUACCAUAUUCUCAAUUUUCAAUCGCGAUAUGUCAACAGUUUAACAAAAAAUUUUGAAGAAGAAGCCUGAAACUCGCUAAAUUUUUGACGAAACUUAUUCAUUUCUGGUUUUUCUAAUUUUCUUUCCCAAUUUUCACCAGAUGACACGCAGUUUUCUGAAAUCCGAGCCAUGGAUAUUUUACACGAAUUAUCGGAUUUCGGCUGGAAACCGGCUGGUUCUUACAACUGUGAAGAGUUGACCAGGAAUCGGAUUUUGAAGGAAAUUGAGUGGGUUUUUUAAUUUUAGCAGAAUUCAAAUUCAUUUUAAUUUAAGGGACAUCAAAACUGCUUUGAAACCUUCUCAAAAUGGUGUGAAAUUCGAAAUCGAUACCCAAUAUGUCGACGGCUGUUUCGAUAUUCCAAGCCAUGAUACCGACGGAUUUUCGAUUUGUUAUCGAAAUGUGGAUUUUUAUCGAUUAAUUAUUUAUUAAAAAUGUGAUUUUUUUUAAGGUUUCCAAUGUCAUCGCGAGGCUUGGAAAGCGGGAAAAUACGGAUUUAAAUCGGGUCGCUGUGCUUUUAAAUUGCCAUUAUGAUAGUUGGCCGACUAGUAGCGGUUUGUUUUUUGAUUUUAAAAAAAAGAAAAUCUUUUUUUUUUUUCAUUUUUUUUCGACCUACGAACUUGGUAACUUUUGCAUAAAUCACCAUUUCAGGACAUAUGAACGGACUCUUUUUAAAGUUCGGUAGUUUGGACUCAUUUUUCCAAAAAAAUCCACUUUUUUUGUGAAUUUAAACACAGUUGUUCCAUUGGCCAAAGCUUCAAAAAACUCAGUUUUACGGCAUUUUUUCGAUAAAUCUUGAGAAGAUAAUUAUUUUUGUGGUUUUUAAGGUCGUUUCGAUGUACGGACUCUUUUAAAAUGCGGUAGUUUGGAAUUAUCAUUUUUCAAAAAUUUUUUUAGCGCGCUUUUCAAUAGUUGUACCCACUAAGUACUUUGACCAAAGCUUUGAAAAUCUUGAUUUUACUAUAAAUUUUUGAGGAAAAUCUUUAAAAAAACGGUCAUUUUAGUGACUGUUUUUGAAUAGUUCCCAAUUACGGACUUUUUUAAAGUACGGUCGAUUUUUCGAAUUAAAAAAAUUUUUUUCUUCCAAUUUUUCAAUCGAAAAAAAUUAAUCAUUUUUCAGCCGGGUCUGACGAUUUGAGCUCCUGCGCCCUGAUGCUAGAACUAAUCCGAAUUUAUUCGAAAAAAAUCCCCGAUUUCUCAAACAAGACGUCAUCUUUUUGUUCAAUGGCGCUGAAGAGUCCAGUUUGCUGGUGAUUUUUUUGGAAAUUUAUUAUUUAAAAUAUAAAAAAAUCCGACAGUCCGCAAUGCGCCGUCGCGUGUAUGCAGACGCCGUUGUUUUUGAACUCUUACUUUUUUUCCACUUUUUUUAUCAUUGUAAAUUAUUUUUUUAUAAUACACAUUUAUCAAAAAUUUUUUGAAUUACAUGCGCGCAGUACAGUAAAAAAACGAAAAGAGAAACGGUGUCUGCAUACACCCGACGGCGCAUUGCAGACCGGCGGAUUUUUUCUACACUCUGAACUUAUUUCUUCAUUUUUAGGCGGCCCACGGAUUCAUCACUCAACACGCUUGGAGACACGAAAUUAGAGCUUUUAUCAAUUUGGAAGCCAGUGGAAGUGGAGGAAGGGAAUUGCUUUUCCAAGCUGGUUUGUUUCGAAAUCGAAAUGUUCAAAAUCUUCACCUUUUCGUCAUUUUUUUCGAUCAAAAUUGUUAAAAAAACUCUGUAAUAUUUCAGUCGAAAAACUUUUUUUGGGUCUCACAGCGAAAAAUUCUGAAUAACUGUUUUUUUGACAAAGUCAGAGUGGCCACUAAAGGGGCCCCCCUCGAGGGACUUCCUUAGAAAACAACUGAAAUAUCACUAAAGUGAGCACUCAAGCUUUAGCGGCUUAGGGAUCACAUCCAAAACCCCUAUAGAGACCGCUUUUAUUUUAACCUUCUGGGAUUUUCCCUCUAAGCCCUGAAGUGGCCACUCUGGCGAUCCCAAUUUUUCUCUCUCUUGCAAAAAUUCUCAAAUAAACAUGAAAUUAGAGCCGAUUCAUGCCUAACUUGGGAAGGGGGCGUGGCCUGUCUGCACUCUCCACCAAAUAAGCGAUCUCUAUUUUUUUUUUAAAUCGUGUCAGGACCCUUUUAAUGAUGACUGAAGUGAAUCAACUAAUUUGUUUUGGAACCAAUUUUUCAGGUCCCGCAAAUGAAUGGCUUCUGAAUUCUUACCUAGAAGCUGCUGUACAUCCGCAUUGUAGUGUCCUUGGACAAGAGGUUUUUGGAAUCUUUCAAAACUUUCCUCGAGUUUUUUUAUUUGAGCUUGUAGGAGUAGUCUUGUGAGUCUUCUGAAUUUAUUAUUUUUCCAAAAUCUGUGGAAUUUUUUCUUUUAGUAGAGCCAUGGAUCAAUAAAAUCUGUAAUUUAUGAAAAAAGGGUUUUUUUUUGGAAUUUGUAAAGCCCCAUGUCUUUUUACAAGGCAGGAAAAGCAUUUUUGUGAUCAAGGGAAUUUUAGUGACCACUUUAGGGUUUUGACGUUUUGGAGACCACUAUAGUAGUCGAAUUAGAGGCCCCUUAAGUGAUUAAAGUUUAGUGACCUCUUUAGAAGUCUAGGUGGUACUACUAGUCCUGUAAAAACUACUUAAGUGACCACUAAGACGCAAAAAAGUGGCUUAUAUGAGGGUGGUUUAGUGGCCACUUUAGUGUCCUCUCUAUGUAGUCCUUAAAGAACCCCUUAAGUGGUCACUCGAAGUUUUCAGAGGUGCUGAUUUAAAGAUUUUCUCAGGUCUUCCAAAGCGGAGUUUACCCGGGUGAUACGGAUUUUCGCAUUUUCCGCGAUCAUGGAAGGAUUCCAGGUCUUUGAACUCAAAUAAACAGAAAAGAAUGGGAAAAUCAGGGCUCGAUUUGGCAUUCGUCCAGCACGGCUAUUGGUGGCACACGGAGUUUGACGAGGCCAAGAGAAUCAUGCCGGGAAGUCUGCAGAGGGCUGGUGAAUUAUUUUCGAAGAAGAAGAAAAUAUAAUCAUCAAAAGCAUAGAAAAAGAAAUAGUCUGUUCAGAUUUUGAACGUCAAGUCAAACCUCAAACUCCGCCCCCUUAUGCGUAGAUCGAACCAAUCAUAGAGCCUUUCCGAAUGAUGUCAUUUUUGCUUGACGUUCAAAAUAUGAACAGACUAUGAGUCAUUUCGCCUUAGGCGAUCUUUAAGGAUGGAUAAAAAGGACCCCCUUUAUUUUUUUGAGGGGGAUCCUGACUUUAUAAUGUAUAUAGCUAUGAUUUUAUAUAUCAAAUGACCUUCUGUCUAUGAUUUUUUUAAUAGAAAUAUGGUCAAAUCAAGGACUCCGGCUGUAAGGAUUUUUCAAUUAAAAUAAUGCCUUAUUCAAUUAUUUUUCGGCUUUUUUUAUCAAAAAAAUUAUGCUGGCUUUUUCGGCUUCAAAAAUUAGAUUUAUUCAAAAAUCAAAUUGUAAUGAUUAUUAGCAUGCAAAGGUUUUUUUAGUUUGUAUUUCUAGAAAAUUCUAGUAAUUUUGAAACAAAUUUUCGAAAUUUCUCUAUUUUUUUAGGCUACUAACCUCAUUUUUUUAAUUUAAAAAAAUUGACGUUCUACCUUUUUUUACUGUUUUUUUAUAAUUUAGAUUAAGAAAAAAAUUUAUAGGAAUUAUUUCGAAAAAAUCUUUUUACAUUCUUUUUGAUCAAUAUUUUUGAAGAGAAUGAUUAAUAAGGCUUUUUUUAUCAUCUGAAAAUUGGUUUUAUUCAAAAUUUUGCAGGCGAAAACGUUUUUCGCCACGUUGAACCACGUCUUGGAAUCGCCCUAUCUAACCCAGUCUUCAGAAUAUGCAGACCGGAAGACGGUUUUUCUUCGAUUUCUUGGGUUUUUCAGGCCAAUAUCCCAAAAUUAUCAUGAAAUUCAGGUCUAUUCGUUGUGAUUUAUCCACUUUCCCUGGCGAAUUCCAUUGGUUUAUUGGUUAUUUUGUACAUUUUCGGGUCGUUUUUGUGGAAGGCGACUGUGGAGAGUUGGUUUUUUUUGAUUUUUGAAAUAAUACAGAAAAAUGGAAAUUAGGUUGAGGUAGCUUAUAGCAACAUUUGUAGACCGGAAAAAGCUUCGAAUUUUUGAAAAUUUGCUGAUUUUUCCAACACUUUUCUGAUAAUUUUCUUUAGGUAAUGAUAGAAAUAAAUUCCAGUAACUCUUGAAAAAUUCCAGAAAAACUGAUUUUUUAAUUUUCCCCUCAAGAAAUCGCUUUUUUUAAAAAUUUUUCGUACGUAAAUGAACUCAUAACGUAUUAUUUUUGAAAAAAAUUGUCAUUAAAAAUCAACUGUGAAACUGAAAAAUCAGGGUCAAUCUUGAAAAAUUCACAUUAAAACUAUCGAUUACUUUCCAAAACUUCACUCAUUAUCAAACAAUGGCGAAUCGAGUAUUUUAAUGGCGUUCUUGUUUUUCUUUGACCUGUCUGCGCCCUCUUUUCCCUCACAGACGAGGUCAUAGAAACUGGGAAAUCGCAUGUAAGAAAUAGGAGUGCGCAGAGAAAUCAGAUUUUUUCAAGCCGAUUGGAGUAUUUUAUGGUUUUUCCACUUUUCUCUGACCUGUCUGCGCCCUCUUCUAUCUCAUAAGAGAUGCCGAAAACGGUGCAAAUAGCAAGUAAACAAGAGAGAGAGAGAGAGCAGAGAAAUCAGAUUUCCCCAAAUUUUGGCGAAUGGAGUAUUUUAUAGGUUUUUUUUCUCUGACCUGUCUGCGCUCUCUUUUCUCUCAUCAGCGAAGCCGUAGAACGGUGGAAAUAGCACGUAAACAAGAGAGAGAGCAGAGAAAAAAGAUUUCUCCGAAUUGUGGCGAAUAGUAUUUUGUAGGCUUUUUUUUCUCUGACCUGUCUGCACUCUCCUCUUUCUCAUCAGGGAUGCCGUAAACGGUGGAAAUAGCAAGUAAACAAGAGAGAGAGCAGAGAAAAAGAUUUCCCCAAAUUUUGGCGAAUAGUAUUUUAUAGGCUUUUUUCUCUGACCUGUCUGCGCCCUCUUUUCUCUCACCAGCAGGGUUAUGAGAGUAUGAAAAUAGCUCAUGAACGUGAUAAAGAUAGAGAAAAAUGUCAGAUUUUCAAAUUUUUUUCUGACCUGUCUGGACCCUCUUUUCACUCACCAGCAGCUUUGGUGAGAGAAAAGAGGGUCCAGACAAGACAGACUUUUCCAAGUCGGCGAAUUCCUACUUUUUCGAAAAUUCCAGAAUCCGUGUAUCUCAUUGCCGUCAGAAACUACGUGAUUACUGUAACCGUCAUGACUCUGGUGACGUUUGUGAUGACAUUGAUGAGCGUCUUCACCUACGGGGCUCUCCGAUGGUACACCCGCCAUUGGCUGGCGGUCGUCGCCUACGGACUGCCCAGUCUUUGGGCUGGACUCACCACCUUGGCCCUGCUCACGGCUAGGGUACCCGUCUUUCAGAGAAAGGUAGGUUUCGUGGAAAAAAAUGGGGGAAGAGUCAAAAAUUGAUUGAUAGGGGACUGAAAAAGUAUGACUUUUAAAAAAACUAUCUUGAUUCUUCUGGAAGCUUCUCUUCCCUUUGAAAAGAGAUCUGGAAUGUUAUAGCUUAAGUGACCCCUAGGGGCCCCUUUAUCUCCCCCUACAGGGGUCACUUAAGCUCGGAAAAAGUAUAGGGGUUCAGCUAGUGGCCCCCUAUAUCACAGCUUCCCUUAGGAAGGCCAUAGUGGUCCCUACAGGGGCAACCUUAGGAGCCCUUGAAGGCCCCCUAGAGGGACCACUUUACGUUCCUUCAAAGCUUGCAGAAGUGGCCUCUUUAGGGACAAGAUAAUCGUUUAAUAAUAUGAAUCUAUGAAAAGAAGCAUUUUUAUUCGAAAAGUUGAUAAAUUGGCGUUAUUUGAAUCAAAUAGUACCAUUAGAGGAUUAAUCGAUCAAGUUUUUUUUCAGUCUAAGUUUUUUCGCUUUCAAUGUGUCACAAAAGACCCCUGUAGGGACCACUUGAGCUCUAGGGGUCGAAACUAAAUCCCUCUAGGGGCCACCUAGGUCUUACCAUGAUAUACAGGCUCAUUUUCCCCCUAUAGAAGCUGAUUUUUCUGCCGGAACCCUAUAGGGACCCAUACUCUGACCCCAGUCGCCAGCUUUCCGCCAAUCUUUCGCCAGCGCGCGCCCCGUCUUUCGCGAGCUGGCGCGCCAUAUCGCGGCGAGCUGGCGAAAAACGCGCCAGAAAUUCGCCAGGGUUAUCUAUAGCGCGCAGGUUCCCCUUUUUUAAUCAUUUCCCUUCCUCCAAUAUUGUUAUUUUUUUAUACUAAAAAUAUAUUUCAUCAACUUUUAUUAUUUUCACAAAUACAAAAUUUAAUGGAAAUAAAAUCAACGUAUAAAAUCAAACAUGAAGAGAACUUGAAAAAUGAGAUGUAAGAAGGAAACGCUUGCAAAGUUUACAACUUAAUUUAAAACAAUAUCUUUCGAUUCGAAAAAGAUCAUAAUAACAGAACAUCAAAAACUUUACCAAACAAUACAUCUUGGAAAAAUGUAAGCCAAAAAAUUCCGAAGAAACAAAGGAAACUUGAAGCUGACUGCUCGUAAACCCAAAAAAAUUUUAUAAUCUAAAAAUUUUUUUAAUUUUCGAUAAUAUGCAAAGAGUUAUUUGUUGCUUCAAAAUACCAAAAAAAGAAGAGAAAUUUUUGAAGCUCCAGCGCAUUUAAGAAGUGAUAUCAACGAGCAGUCAAUUUUUUUAAGUUUUUGAAAUUAGUUUAUAGAGAAUUAAACAGAAGACUCGUAUACAAAGUUUUUUGAAAAGAGGAAAAUUUUUUACUCGUGAAGAAAACUUUGAGCCAUUUAUCACUUUACUUCAAAUGGCCACAAAAUAAAGAAAAAUAGUGCGAAGAGAUUCUGAUUGUUCACAAUUAUGAUCAAGGCAUUACAUUUUUGUUGUGCAGUGAUACAACACGGUUCUUCAAAUUUAUCAGCCCCUUUUCAAAGCAAACUACGAAACGUAUUUUCAAGUCCGAAAAAAACUGCUUCGAAAACUCUACUCGUCAGCCGAAUUUCGCGAGCAUGACAAAUCCGAGUAAUAUUUUUGAGGCUAAAAUAUAUAAGCUGUUUUUUUAAAGCUGAAUUUUUACGGCGGACACAAAAAUACAAUAAUUUGGGUGCAUCAAGAUAUUUUUGAGGCUCAUAAAGUUGAUGAACGUGUAAAGUUUACAAAUAUAAAAACUUGAAAAAUUUCGCGGACAUUUUGCGUCGAACCCCUUCUCCGUAUUUUUGGUCAAACAUCGUUAUCCAUUUGCAAUGAACAUCAUGACGCCGUCGGGUGAGAUCGAAAAUAUAUCGAUGAAGUACUUUACAUGAAAUCCAAAACUUACAAGUCAGAGGAAAAAAAACAUUCUUCAGCCGUAACGGGGACUUCCUGACGAUGCUUUUUUUCUGAAGGAAGCAGUUGAGGAAAAAAGUAGAAAGCACUUACUAAUUAAACUGGAGUCGUUCUUUCAGCCUCACGGAAAGAGAAGUUCAGCAUGAAAACAUUAAGCUUUUAGAGCGGUUGAUCAUCCACGAAACUAAAUCGAGAAAAUAAUUCGAAUUUUCUUAUUUACCAACCCUUUGCCCUAGUUUGGACAAAACAGGAAACGAACACUGAAAAAUCGUGAAAUCAGCAAAAAAUCAAAUAGAAAAACAAAAAGACAAAAAACGCGAGUCCCAAAAUUUUAGAUCGAAAUAUAAAAUACAGUAAUAAAAGCAAAUUCGCGCUAUUGGUUAUGUCGCCAGAGAAUCGCCAGGAAAUCGCCACAAGUUUGAUGGGCGCGAGCUCGCGAAAUGACUUUUUCUGGCGGAUAGCUGGCGCCUGGGGGUCAGAGUAUGGUGUCCCUGAGUACUUUUUUUAUAGUAAUAGGUCUAGUUUCUGGUAUAAUUAAAUACUAUAUGUACAGAGCUUCGCAGCCGCCAUCGAAACCGUCCAUUUGACGGUCAUCGCGGCGAUUCACUUCGUGUUCAUCUACAACAACGUCGCCAGCGGGUUCUUGUUCGGCCUGCAGCUGAUCCCUGUCCUCAAGCAGCUUCUCCUGAAACAGACAUCAAGAAGUAUCAAGAGAAUGGGUGGUGCGAAGUUACCGAUUGAGAGCUGAUUGCUUAAAAUGCAGACUUUCAUGCAAACUUCGAUUUUUUCUGGAUAUUUAGGGGCGACUUUAGGGUUUUGACGUUUGAGUGACCGCUAUAGAAGUCGAGUUAGUGGCCACUUUAGUCGCCUUUUUAGGAGCUCAAAGGGUUCUACUAGGUCACUAAAAACUACUGUAGUAGCCACUAUGACGCAAAAUAGUGGCUUUUAUAGUGGUCACUUUAGAGUUUUGACUUUCUAGUGGUCACUGUAGAAGUUUAAUUAGUGGCCACUUGAGUGAUUUAAAUAUAGUGACAUCUUUAGGAGCCUUAGAAGUACUAAUAGAUCACUAAAAACUACUGUAGUGGCCACUAAGACGCAAAAUAGUGGAUUUUUUAAAGGUCGUUUUAGUGACCACUUUAGUGUCCUCUCUAAGUAGUCCUUUAGGAACCUCUUGAGCGGCCACUGGAGUGUUUUCCAGUACCUCAAUGCCUUAUGAAGAGCUUUUUAUUAAGAAAAACGAAGUUAUAGUGAAUUUUUAUCGGUAUAUCAAUUUUUUUUAGAUUUGUCUGCAUGAAAUUUGAACCAGAAUCAAUAUUAACAUCGAAAAAAUCUAGAAAAGAUCAUAAGUUUAUAGUAAAAUAUCAUGAAAACUGAGCACGAAAUCGGUAAUUUUGUUCGAUACAAAAAAAAAUUAAACCUCAAAAAAAAAAUGUCAUUUUCCCGCUCAGAUGCCUGGAAAAACGUGAUUUUGACCAUUUUGCUGUCCCUUCCCGGCGUCGCCAUGUGCAUUUACACUUCGGAAAUGCUGUUGUCGAUUUUUAUCCCAAUUAUGGGCCGAACUUCCGGGAAUCCGGAGCCGAUCGUCGCGAUUUUUGUUGGAUUCUCAGCGUUCGUCCUGGUCCUCUCCUUGGUGGGUUUCUAUUAGAAAAAAAGGGUUUUUUUUUAAAUCUUAUGACUAAAAAUGGUAGGAUUUUCGAUAUUUUUAAUUUAAACAGCGACUAAGAAAGCCACGGUAAUUUUUUGGAAAGUUAGGCCGUGCUUUGGAUUUGUGAAAUACGGCCUCACAAUCAUUAGGACAUUCUUUUUCAGUUUUUUUCAGUCAUUUAUAUUUUUUUUUUCCAUUUUCUGUUGAACAAUCCUUUUUUUAAAAAUAGAUCUGUAAUUUUUUUAUUAUUUUUCCAGUUCGAAAAAAACUUUCGAUUGACUCCAAAACGGGUAUAUGUCAAAAGAGCUGCGAAAAUGGAGCUAAGAAAAGUGAGCUGAAGAAAAAAUUGCCAGCGAAAAAACUGCAAGCGAAAAGCGAGCUGCGAAAAUUUCGCCCACCGUUGGCAAAAUUGUUGACUACAUAUCGCGCUCCACUGAUAACGCGCCGAAGACAGGUUUCGAAAUUUAAGUAAUUUUUUCAUUAUUUUUUUAUUGUUUCUUAUUUGGGCAUGCUGGAAAGUGCGCGCUGUGCGCACUCUUUUCUCGAUGCGCACGUAAGGAAAAAUGCGCACUCUUUUUUUCAAAUUUUUGUACAGGAAAUUGCGCUCUCUUUCUAACAACAGGAAAAUGCGCACGGUUAUCAAAUCUUGUCCUUUCGGAUUAUUUGAAGUUUAUAUAACUGAUUUUUUUCAGCAUUCAUCUUUUUUUCAAUAAUAAUACCAGGCGGUCACUAGACUGGUCAGACUGAUUACCCUUCACGUGAUAAUGUGUUUUUUUAAAUUUUUGUAAUGUUAUUUUUCCGAAGAAAGCCAAAGUCGGCGUUUAUAGUUUGUUCAGAAUUUGAAUAUCAAGUCAUCGGUCGAACUCCGCCUCUUAUGUGUAGAUCAAACCAAUCAGAGAACAGAGCCACUCACAGGCUUUGUUUGGGGCAGAGAUUGCUGCUUGAAACUCAAAAUAUGGACAAACUAUAUUAUAAAAGGGAAAUAUGUGAAAUACAAAUCAGAAAAAGGACCUUACGAGGCUCAAAAUAUUUCUGAAGAAAAUUUACAGGGUGAUGAAUUAUUACUGCGACAAAAUGAAGGAGCUGUCAAUAUGUCAAUUGUCAAUAGUCAAUAAAGACCGGGAACUCACAAUUAUUUUUUUAUAAAGUUUUACAGGGAUUUAAUCAAAAAAAUUAACAUGAACUGCCGCUCGAAAAUGUAGUGGCACCCAAUUGACUGCGGUACGCAGAUGGUCGAAAAUCAGUUUUUUUGUUUUUUUGAGCAGAACGGCCCAAAAAGUCAGUAGGCAAACUGGUGUGUACUGUUACAAGAGGCACAUUGAAGUUUCUCAAAAAAAUUUUUGGAGUCAAUGGGAUAACAGAAAAAAAGAACAAGACUCCAUUCUUCUAACCGGAUAAGACCUUACGAUAAGGACUCGAAAAUUGGCUUUGAGCUGACUAGAGAACUACGCGAACUCGCAUUCAAGGAUCGAGUUAAAACUUUGGUGGCUUAUAGACCCGGGUAAAAGUACUUGGAAACAAGAGAGUUUAUAUGCUAAACCCUAUAGGCUUCUGAGAAAAAAAGCUUUUUUUGAAAAUGAACAGUUUAGGCUUGAAAACUAUCAAAUUUUUUUGCUUUCAUCCUUCUUUUUGGCUGGAAAAAAAGUUUUUUUAGUGUUUAUCAUAGCCGGAUCAUUCAAGGCGAUUUUAUUAAAAUAUUAAAUAAGGUAAAAAAAGCAGUAUUCUGAAAAUUUUUCAGGUCUAAUUUUUCACAUUUUCUAAUAACUUUUUCUCAGUUCUCUAUUGGGUUUAGCAGAUAUUCUCACUUGUUUUUCAAGUGUUCCCAUAGGUCUAUAAACCACUAAAGUUUGAAUUCGAUCCGCGUACCCGAGUCCGAGUAGUUCCCUAGUAAGUAAAAGUGCCAAAAACAGGCAAUACUAUCUGCUAAACCCCAUAAGGUACUGAGAAAAAAAGGUACACACCUUUCAAAUUGUUUUUGUUUACUGCUCUCUGAGUUGACCUCAUCUCUUACAGAGACUCAGAAAAAAAGCUGAGUUUUGCCGUUUUACGAAGUUUCAAGCAAAAUAGCGUAUUUCGGAUGAUAGAAUAGUAAAAAUAGCCCAAUCAUUAAUAUUAGCAACAGUGAGUGUUGCUGCAAAUACUCUGGGGUUUUGACCGUUCUUGAGAGCUUCGAUGAUGUACUUUUUUUUUGUCUGUACAAACACAGACGAAUCAGAAGGGCACCUUUAUUUUUCCACAAAAAAUUCCUCUCAAAAUGGAUCGUGAAGGCCCCAUAAUGUGUCCAUCGUGAGACCUCCAGCAUACCUUUUUAGCUAUAUCAGAGCUAUCUCGGAGGUACUUUAGAGUCUCCCUCAAGUCUAUCUCAUUUUGCUCAAAGUCCUCAGAGGUAUACUCAGGGUUACCAUCGAUAGGCUUCAGACCCUGCGAUAUGCCUCAGAGGGUCUCGCGAUAACCUUUCUCGAUUCGCCUAUGAAGAGCAUCAAACAGCGUGCCAAGUAGAGACACAUGUCUAUUUUUUUCGGAAAAAAAUUCCUUCAAUUUUUUUCGAUUCCUGUCAAUUGACAGGCUUACAUAGACGUGAAUCGUUAUCAAUUUCGAGAAUCGAAACCUUAAAAAAAUACGUUCAAACUGAGCUUCAGGGCGACCUUAUCGAAUAAUCAAAUUUUUCUUCAUUUCGAAAUUUUUAGCUGUUUUAACGAGAAAAGCGGGGGUUUUUGCUUAUUUUUUUCUUCAUUGAGUUAUUAAAAAAAUGUGAUUAAACAUGUAAAAAAAUAAUUUUUUUCGGUGAAAAUUUUUUUAAUGAAAUAAAAAAAGUUUCUUGAAUCUCUGGCCCGAGCCCGCGCUUUUUUUCGAAAUUAAAAAAAUCAAGGGCUAGGGGGCUUCAGGCCUUCAUAGCCAAAGCCUGCCUGCUUUGCCAUAAACGCCCAAAAGGCAGAAACGACUUUUCGAAAGUCAGCGUGGCACGGCGGUCAUCAUAUUAUAGAAGAAGGCUUGAUGAAGGUAGGAAUAAUGACUGGAACAAAAAAAUGAGCUCAGGUCGGCGAGGCAAAUGCUAAAAAAACUUUUGUCGCAGUAAUUAUUCCUCCACCCUGUAUUGUUUAAUGUUAUCAGAUGGAAAAGAUCUGUAUAUUUUGAGAGCAUCUCACUUUUUUUAGCAGAUUUUUCGCGGCAGCUUUUGAGACCAAGCUUGGAAUCAGCUUGGUCUCAAAAAAAACAUCUCACUUUUGCAAAAAAAUACACCUGGUCUCAUUCGAAGUGACCGCAGACCAUUUCCUGAUAAGAAAUAUUCUCCAUAAAUUAUCAAAUAAUCAAAAGAUGUUCAAUUCAUCUUUAGCUGAAAGAUUUCUUCAUGACAAAGAGAAAAAGUGAGAUGGUUUAUGUGGACUUCAAUCUUGAAAAAGAGCGGAAUUUGAUAACCGUGCGCAUUUUUCCUGAUGUUAGAAAAGAGCGCGCAAUUUCCUGUACAAAAUUUGAAAAAAAGAGUGCGCAUUUUUCCUUACGUGCGCACGAGAAAAGAGUGCGCACAGCGCGCACUCCAGCAUGCCUCUUAUUUGUUUUCAUCCAUAUUUGUUUCAUUUUGAUGUGAUCUCGUGCAGAAAAGUUUUAUUUAAUUUCCGCUUCGAAUGAAAUCGGGCGAAGUCAGUCUAUAAGAGUCUGAAAAAAACGUUUUUAAAUAAUGAGAAAAAGUUACAGGACGCUUAAAAGCAAUCAGGGUGGAUUGAAAUCUUGCGAAGAGGAGAAGUUCGAGUAUUGGUUCCACAACUUCACGAGAGAUGAAGACAAUUUUCAUCGGAAAACCCUGUCAUGCUUACAUUUUGUUCUUCUUUAGGUAAUAAACUGAUAUUUUGUUAUGUUCAUCAUUUUCAAUACGCAACGGGCAAAUAAAAUUUUAAAUAGUUCCUUUAACGCGAAAUUCCGGAAAAAAACUAUGUAGAUAAUUUUUACUAUCACUUUUAAUCAAUUCUGCAUGUUUGUCCUGUUUUUUUCUGACAUUUCAGAAAUAGCUGUCAAAAAUCCAACGAUGUAGUUGAAAUCUUUUUAACAUAAAAACAAGAAAAAAACUAUAUUUCAAGAUACUAAUGCGCGGAAAUGGACGAAAUUCGGUUGCUGUUCUCGAUGGAGCGCAGAGUCGCGCGAUUAACCUGCCAACGGCGGGCGAAAUUUUCGCAGCUCGUUUCUCUCAGCUGAUUUUUCCCUGGCAAUUUCUUCGGCAGCCCAUUUUUCGCUGGCAGUUUUAUCUCAAACAGUGAGGUGGCUCGAUUUUCGCAGCUCUUUUGACAUAUACCCUCCAAAACAGUUCCUCAAAACUAAAAUGAUUGUUUUUUUCGUCUUUUUAGCCGUCUGAAGUUAGUUCACAUAAUUUAGCCAGUUAAUUUUUUUAUAAGAUAAUGAAACCGAAGCCGUUACCUUGUCGUUUGACAAAAGUGAGCCCGAAAAUCUAGAAUAAAUUGAAUAAUUAAAUAAAUAACCAGAAGGAAAAUUUUUGAGUUUCUGCUUCGCCAGAAUCUUAGGAAAAAAACCUUCUGAAAAAGUUAGGGAAAAAAUUUUUGUUAUGUGCACCUUCUACUAUCUAAUCACAUACAUUUUUCGAAACCAUGGAAUUUUAUCAGUAAAAUUCGACCUGAAAAAAAAAUUAGCAACGUCGGUCAUUCAUUCUAUUCUAUAGCUUUUUCUCAUUUCUCAAAGUAAAUCAUAAAUUUCAGAUUGGUCAAAAAUGCCUUCUGAAACGAGUUAUGACUGUUUUUAAGUCAACCAUUAGAAAUCCGACCUAAUUACAAAUUUUUUUCGCAAAGUUCACGUUUUUCCAAAAAUUGAUGACGAUUUUUUGUUGUGAAUGAUAUCCAGGAAACUCUACGUUCCACGAACUUUAUAUAUGUCCUUCUAUUCAAUUUUUCUGAUUUGGAUAAACAAUGUCUCGAUCUAUAAUCAAAAAGAUCGAAAAUUGUCCUCAUAGGCGAAAUUUGGUCUUUCUAGAGACUUUUUAAAUUUUUAUUGUUUUUCGAAGUUGAUGUCGAUCUUCUAGUUGAUGAUAAUAACAACAAAAAUUCAUGGAACUCUAUAUCGAUUAAAUUUUUGUUCAGAUUUUAGAAUAUUAUAACGAUAAAUUUGGAUUUGAGGGAAAUUUGAACAUAUGAAACUCUAAAAUAGUCUUUUUGUCUCCUGGAAUUCGCACCCAAUUUUUUUCGCAAUUUGAACCCUUCUGACCUGUCUGCGCCCCUCUUUUUCUCACUUCUCAUUCCUUGAACUGGUUACUUCGAAAAAUUUAAUUUUUUUCGUGACAAAUCUUCAAAUUUCAAAAAAACCUUCAAAAAGUUUCUUUCUGUGAUAAACUUUCAAAUACACAAAAACCCGGUUUUUCAAAAUUUUCUUUUUUUAAGAAAACUGAUCCAAUAAAGCAAGAAAAAAAUUUAAACGAUUUAGAUUUUUUGAUCUCCAAAUAUAAUGAAUCAAAAAUGGAAUAUUUAUAAACUUCCUAGUUAACAUGAAGGUCGCAAAUUACAAAUGAAAAACAAGGCCUAACUUUCCAACAAAAAACCCCCUUCUAACUUUCGUAGUUGCCAAACCGAAUGUUCAUUACUAGAGGAACGGAAGUUUAGUUUCAAAAUUAAAAAUAUGGAAAAGCGGUUCUAAAACUUCAAAGCCUCAUUUUCGCCCUUUUUCCAGGCCGGCCUUGUUGCCUCGACGGAAAAUCGGCGGCCAAUCGAAGAAGCCUCCCCUUUGAACCUGUCCUACGUUAUUGGAGGUGUUCUUCUCUCGACCCUGACUAUUCUCUACGUUUUCGCAUCCCUUUGGCCUUCUCCCUAUAACUUCGCGGAUCUGUACCCAACUGCCAAAAGAACACAGUUCUUCGUGAGUUUUUUGGAGGGAGAGUCUGGAAAUUUCAUAGAUUUGAGGGGUAGUAUCUGUAAAAACGGUACUCUUAGUUCGAUUGAAAACUUGUGUUUUUGAUGGAUUUUCAUUGCCUUGAAGGGUAAAAUCCUGAAGAAAAACGUGCUUUCAAUUAAAAAAUAAUGUUUUUGAUGGAUUUUUUAUAGUUGCGAGGGAUGGAAUCUGUAAAGAACGGUACUUUCAAACGAUGAAAAAAAUGGAGUUUUUUGAGAAAAUUUUCAUAGCUUUGAGAGGUGGAAUCUGUAGGAAACGGUACUUUCAAAAAAAAAAGGGAAAAGUCGUGUUUUUAAGGAUUUUUCAUAGCUUCGAGAGGUGGAGAAAACAGCGCUUACAAAAAGAAUAUACAGAAAAAUCAGGUUUUUGAGGAAUUGGCAAAGUUAAGGGGCACAGACCAAAAACUUCUGGAAUUUUUAUAGUUUUGAGGGGUAUAAUUUGUAAAAAGCGGUACUUUUUAACUUUGAAAAAUUAGAAAAAUGGGUUUUGAGAAAUUCUCAUAGACUUUAGGGGUAGAAUCCAUAAAUGGGCGGUUUUAAGAAAUUUGAUAAAAUAUCAAAAUUUGAGUCUGAUUGGACAAAAAGCUUAUCAUCAAUUUUUGAAUAUGUUGAAGAUUUUCCGGUUCGAAACAGUAAAGUAGGGUUUGAAUAAAAUUUUUUGUGGAUUUUUCUUAAGAAAAACAUUUUUAAAUCAAAUUUUAUAGCACGUCAACCAAGCGUUCUAUGACCGAGAUGGUAGCCUAAAUACGAAUGAAACUGUUUUCUACGCGAUUUCUCACGACUUCCGUGGAGCUGAGGAUAUUCCCUUUGUUAGGAAUGAUGAAAGUUUGAUUUUUCCUUUAAAAAUGAAAUUUUUCCUCAGAUUAUACCAUGUUGGAUUGUCAUUACGCCAAUAAUCCCUAUUGUGAAGUCCCUUAUUAUUUUCCCACUCGACAUCGAAUCCGAGAGAAGUUUGAAGAAUUCAGAAAUUAGACAAGGGAAUCGUGAUUUUCAGACACAUUCGGGUGAAGAAAAUGGCCGAAAAGCUGAAAUUCCCGAAAAAGACGAAAAUCCUGCAGGUUUCCAAGAAAAGAGCCGAUUUUGAUGGAUCUCCUGCACUUGAGUACUCUUUUUCGGUCAUUGGUGAGUUUUCAGGAAAAUGAGCUUUUUAUUGAGAGAAAGUGUGCUCUGUUGAGAGUUUUUAGAAGACCAUACAUAUUUUUUGCGGUUUCCUGAUUAAUUUUGCUCCUAGCUAUCAUAAAUUGUCGACUGAUAAUAAGACAGGGGCGAGUUUUCCUUGUUUCGAAGAGUACGGUAUGUGAAAGUCCGCAAUUUGGCGUGUGCACUUGGCGUGUUUGCACAUUUUCACGUUUUUUUUCCCCCAAUUUGACCUAAAUUUUAUCGAGAAAGUUUAGAACUAUAAAAAAUGCGUUUAUGGGACCUCUCAAAAUGCAAACACGCACACGCCAGAUGCGGACUAUUACAUACCGUACUCUUCGGAAAGAAUUAUCAAGUUUUAACAUCAAACCUCUGGAGGUGAUUUUUCAGAUAAAUGCCUUAAAUUUUGAUUAUUUGUCCAGGAACCGGCCAAAUUUCCGUCUAUGUGAUUCCUGACGAAGACUGGCGUGUUAUAAAUACAAGUGUAGCGAGACCACCGGAAAAACCUCAACCUCACAUGUUCCUCUACUUUACCUGCUCAUCUCCGAGCAAUUUCUGCGAAUGGAUGUUCAACAUCAAAAUCAAGGUACCUGGAAAAUCCUGACCAAUCAAAAUGUAGAGAGGUUUUGAAGAAAAUCGACAAGAUCCGUGUCAGCGAAGAGAAGCCCCUGCUUUUGGGCGUCUCCAGCCAUUAUCUCCACGGCCCGAAUAUGCAGUCCAAUGAGAUCAAGGAGAUGUUGGAGGAGAUCAGAGUCAGAAGGUUUGAAGAAGGAAAAACGGAGAAUAUUUUAAUUUAGGAGAGCUUUCUCCCAGAAAGUUUUGUUGAAGCUUCAAUUUGCUCCAUUGAGAAACAUUUUAUGAUCAUGCGCCUCUAAUAAUAGUUUUCUCCUGCGCCUUUAAUAGUGUUUUUACUGAGCUCCAUUGAUAAAAUAUUGAGUGAGAUUUUUGAGAUGAUCCUCCUUCAAUAAUAGUUUUUUUCCUGCGCCUUUAAUAAUGGUUUUUUUACUAAAUUUCACUGAGAAAAAAAUUGAAUGAGAUUUUUGAAGAUGAUGCGCCUUUAAUAAUAGUUUUUUUCCUGCGUAAUAUUUUUCCUGCAGUUUUUCCUGCGCCUUUAAUGAUGGUUUCACUGAACUUCAUUAAAAAACUGAAAUGAGGUUAUUUUUGAUGAUGAUGCGCCUUUAAUAAUAGUUUUUUCCUGCGCCUUUAAUAAUGGUUUUUACUAAACUUCUCGCAUGCUGAGCAGGUGUCUCAACGGGUGUACCCGUAUUAAACCCGUCUUUCUGAGGUUAUUUUAGUCUCAGUUGGGCUAAAACAGGGGAACAACGGGUGUAAGAAAAAUAGGUAACCCAGCUGGGCUAGAGCGGGGUCUCAGUUGGGCUAAAAGGUGCCAAAAGUUCUAUCAGCUGGGCUUAUACGCGUUUAAUACGGGGGCACCCUGCAGAGACCCCGUGUUAGCACGGCGGGGUUACCCUGCUCAGCAUGCGAGCUUCAUUGAGAAAAGCUGAAAUGAGAUUAUUUUUGAUGAUGAUGCGCCUUUAAUAAUGGUUUUUACUGAAUUUUUUUAAUUUUUCAAUUUUGCUGGGAAAGAAAGAUUUUCUUUAAAAGCGGCUCGAAUAUUCAAAAAAAUCAUUUUUUCAAAAGAUGAAUCGAUUUUUGUUGGAAUUUUCACAUCUUGAUUUCGAAAAUUUAAAGAAACUUUGUUUUUUUCGUAGGUUUUUAUGGGGUUUCUGGCCGGAUUUUUUUACGAAUUUUAUGAUUUUUUCGAUAGGAAAAAUUGCAAUUUUUUCAAGAAUUCGGAGCGAAAUCCAAGUUUUUUAAAAUUUCUUUGAACGUUCUUCAUUUUUUUGAAAGUGUUUCUGUUUUUCUUGAUGACCCUCACGUUGUAAAAAUAAGCUCAAAUUUGCUUCUUUCAAUACGGAAGCUUUUCAAAAAAGCUUUAUUAAAAAGUAGAAGAAAUGUGGUUUUUUAUAUGAAUUAUCUCCAGGAGCCUGAGAUGAAAAAUCGAGAAAUUUAGAACAACUUUAAUGAAAUUUGGACUGAUUACAAAGGCUUCUUAUUAUUAUUUUUUAUUUUUACAGGCCUCACAGCCCAGAAUGGACAGUAACAGCGAGUGCGUGGAACGUGGACCAAGUUUACAAAUAUUUCUAGAUCUUCAUAGCAUUUUUUUCUCUGUUUUUUUGUUGUUUUACCUUGAAUUUCACUUGAUUCGGUUGUGAUUUCUCAUUUAAAACGAGGCUUUUAAAUGUUGUUAUUGCUCAAAAAUUCGUGUUUUGUUGAUCUUUUUCAUAAAUAAUUAGCUGAUUUUAAAAUUUUAUUCGAAGAUUUGCCGAUGUUCCAAUCGGCUAUAAAGUACUUUAUUUGUUGGUUUUAUUUUUAAUCAAAAAGUUGCGAAAACGUGGCGAAACGACGUGAAAUGCGACGGAUCGAGAUUUAUUUCGGCGAAUCUCAACGCAACGAAAAUGUCUGUGUCAACUUCCAGCAGCCAAACUACCAAUAUUCUUGAGGAGGUUGAGAAACAGGUGGGAUAUUCGAUUAAAAAAAAUUAUUUAUUUUAUUCUGGAAGCCAUGCUGUUGAAUAAAGAUGUUUGAUUGAGAAAAUUUCGUUUUAUUUCAUUAUUUCAAGCCGAUUUUAUGAUUUUCUUUUUCCUCCGAGCUACAAAACCCUUUCUUUCGAGGCCCCAUACUUGCCCCUGGGCAUGCGCCUUUAAAUUUACCGAAAUUUUAGGCUAGAAAAUAAGUGGGCAUACUUGAAAAUAUCGCUUACAUCAGAAAAAAUUAGUGAAAUGAUUUUAAAGGCGCUGCCAAAUUUCAGAAAAUCUAAUGCCGUGUUCAAAGUGAUUCCGCGAAAUUCAAAAUAGCCGUCAGAGAAAGAGAAAGAUAACUAAAUUUUGGAGGGUCAGAGACCAUUUUGCAUUUCGCGGAAAUUACUUUGAACACGGCAUAAAGGCUGCCAACUUUAAAUCAAGCUAGGCCCUGCCAAAUUUGAUACAAGCUCAAGAACUCCCUUUCCCGCAUGCGCCUUUAAUUUGGCCUAAAAUAUCAUCUUUAUCAAAGGCGCAUGAACAGAGAAAGGCCCCCGCUUCGAAAGGAAGCUUCUUGGAAGGGUUCUGUAGCUCGAGGGAAAAAAAUCGACGCGGAAAGGCUAUACAGAUCUUUUGAAAAACGAAAAAAAGUGUAUUUAUGUCAAAUCUUUAAUAAUUUUUGCUUGAAAAACAAGUUUUACAUGUAUAAUUAAUGACAAAAACGAAAUUUCUUUUUAUUUCCAUACAUUUUUUUCUUCAAUUCUAUAGUUGAAGUUUACAAGAAAAUCAACAAAAAUGAAUUUCAGGCAUUCAAAAUAGAAAAAGCUUACAAAAAUAAUGAAAAAAAUGCGAAAAAUUAAAAAAAGUAAACUUUCGUUAAGUUACUCAAAUGUAGAGCUGUAGCUUUUUCGCAAUUUUUUUCUUGGAUUUUUGUGAAAAAUUCAGAACCUUUUUCCUUUCAAAAAUAAUAUUUAUUUAGAAUUUCCCGAAAAAUUGUUUCAAAAGCGCUUUUUUAGGUUACGCUUCUGGAACAAGAGAUUCGCAUUCAUGAAAAAAACUGUCAACAAAGUAAGUUAUCACGAAAAAUUGGAAACUUCAAUGAGAAUAUUUUUUUCCAGUUGAGAGAUAUCUCGACGUCGGCGAAAAAGUACCGGAAAGAGAGCGAAACGGCGACUGACGAAGUGAAUUUUUUUUGAAGAUAUUGGGAAAAUUUAAUACUGUUUCAUUAGAAAAAAAAGCUGUCCUUGCUUAUGUUGUGCUUUUAGUCUGAAAUUAAAUUCAAAAAUACAAAGAAAUGGAAAAACUUUUUUUUCAGAUUGACAACAAAAUGCAGUUGUUGGCAUCGCGGUGGAAUGAGCUCAACGAACUGGAAGAAAAGGAAUAUGAAAGAGGGAUUCAGGCGCUCAAAGAGUUGAUUGUCAAGUGUGUAUCCUGAAAAAAAUACUUUGAAAUUUGAAAAAAAACGAUUUUGAAGAAAUUUUUGGAAAAAUAGGGAGAUGUCGUGAAAUCUUAUGCAUGUAGUGCAGCACCGCGACGCGUAAAUUCAUGACGUCAGAAAUAUUUUUUUGGGCCUCUCCGCUGUCUUGGUUCAUUUUAAUUCUGUUUUUUUCUGUCAUUAUUUCAAUAAAAUUUUUGGAGUUUGAUUCAUAGUGAUUAGAAAAAAAUUCGCUCUUCGUUUUUUUGUCAGCCAAUUUCAAUCGUUUUUCCAGUGUUCCGAUUUUUUUAAAAUUUUUCCAGAGGCCGAGGCGAUGCGGCGAGUGCCGAAACCAAUAGUUACAAUAAUGUGAAACCACGGCUCGAAACACUGAUUACGCAGGUUAAAAAUUGUGUCUUGUAAUGUAAAUUUUUUCAAAACUUGCAUUUCAGAUGAACGAAAUCAAGGCGAUGGACAAAUUGUCAAAGUCGAUCAGCGAUAGAACCAAUCACGAUCACAACCAACUGGCCAUGGCUCAUAAAAAAGUGCGGAUCUAGGACUGGAAUUAUCAAAUUUUUGAGAAGGAAGGAAUGAUGAGAAAUUUUCCAUUUUAACUUAGUUUACGAGUUUUUUCUAGGUUGAAGUUGAGAAAUUUUGUAAUGAACGAGUGAAGAUCGAUUUUUUUGGAAUAAUUUUCUUGGCGUGUUUUUUAAACUUUCUUUUUUCAAUUUUCUUUACUUAUAUAUUUUGUUGAAGGGUUACCUAGCAAAUUUACAAAAAAAUUCCCAGUGAGGGAUGAAAAAGCUUUUUGACUUCUCAGAGCCGUAGAAUUCCAAUCCAAAUUAAAAAAAUGAUCGAAUUUUUAAGAUUAUUAGGAAAUAAUUUUUCGUACGUUGUUUAUACUUUCGAUUUGUAAUAAUUCUUGUAUAUGCUGUUGUUUUUCAGUUUUCUGAAGUCGAAGCCCGAAACACUGCGUUGCUGAAGGCUCGGGAAAUGAUGAGCGCCGUCCCGAAAAAUGAUGUGAAUUCCAGAUUUUUUUCUUGUCCUUUUUGACGAAAAAAACAUGAAUUUUUCAAGGCGUAAAUAGUAUUUUUGAUUGUUCACAGAAAAGCUCUCAAAAAGCGAGAAAAAGCGCGUUUUUUUAGAUUUCCUAUCUAAUUUUCUUAUUUUUUUCAGCCACUUUUUCGGCCUUUUUCCGGACGCCGGCGAUCCUGAGAAGCCUCUGCGUCCAGGAGAAAACCAACCGGCAAGAUGUCAAAAAUUUGGAGGUGUUUUCUGAUUUUCAUGCGAUUAAUUUUGCGAUUUUUCAGAGUUUGGAGAAGAAACUGGUUGAUUUUCUGGAAAGGAUUCAAGCUGAGGUGAGUGGGGGGAGAGAAAUUUUGUAGGAAAUUGAGAACUUUUGAGAUUUUGCUGUUUUUUUCAGGGAAGUUUUACCAGGAAAUUUAAAUUUUUGAUGAAUGUUUUAGUUUAUUUUGAGUGGAGAAGGGGUUUGAAAACGAAAAAAAAAACAGUUAUUUUAUAUACUUUACUUCAUGAAAACUUUUCUUCCAGAGAAGGGAGAAGCAGGGUCCACAGAACCUGGAAAAUGGCGAAAUUUCGGCGAGCAACGCCUCGACCCCGCCCGCAGCCGUCGACAGUCUCCUGGUGGCGACGGCGCCCCGAGCAAAAACCAAGAAACUUCGAUCCCCCUCUAGAUCCCCAAUGACAUCGACCAGUCAAUCGUCGGCCAAGUCGUCCAUCAGUGUGUGUAAUUGGGAAAAAAUUACAAUAAGGAAGCCUUUGAUGAGCUUCUAUUGGAUGAAGUUGCGAGUAUAGGACAAAAGCGCCGAUUCCAAGAGCGCCGUUCAAAUUGAGCGCCAGUCCGCAAUGCGCCGUCGCGUGUAUGCGCCGUGUAUGCAGACGCCGCUUUCUUUUUGCGCCGAGUCCGUUUGCGCCGAAUCGUUUUGCGCCGUUAUUUCAAACUUUUUAUUUAUUCGCUCUUUUUAUAUUAUUUAUUAAUAAUUGUUCACUACCCAUUCAUAUACGACUCGAAUAAUUUUCGCGCCAUCCGUUAAUGAUGAGUUUUAGGUCCACUUUGGUCCAGGUAAAAUAUUUUUUUCCCCUUUUUUUCUUUUUCAAAGUAAAAAAAUAAAAAGCAAAUAUGCUUUUUCUGAUUUCGAAAAAAAUACAGAAAACGUAAGGAAAAGAGAAUGGAUAAAAAAAUUAUUGCUUUUAAACGACAUAUUGAGUGAUUUUUGUGAUUGCAAAUUUUUCUGCGUUAGGUAAGGCAAAGUUUCAAUUCUAGCAGACGUGAAACAGCAGAAAAUCGUUUUUUUCGUAACGUUGAACUCAUUUUUCUUGAAACAAUAGUUCGAGUUUUUUUCGAAAAUGCGUCAGAAAAGGUCCAUAUUAACAGAUGGCGCGAAAAUUAUUCGAGUCGUAUAUGAAUGUGUACUACACAAUCAAUAAACAAUGAUAGAAAAAAAGAGCGAAUAAAUAAAAAGUUUAAAAUAACGGCGCAAAACGAUUCGGCGCAAACGGACUCGGCGCAAAAGAAAGCGGCGUCUGCAUACACGGCGCAUACACGCGACAGCGCAUUGCGGACUGGCGCUAAAUUUGAACGGCGCUCUUGGAAUCGGCGCUUUUGUCCUAUACUCGAAGUUGCCUCGGGACGACCCGGCCCAAAAAGUUGAAAACAGUGAAAUUCGAGAAGAUGGGUGGAAAUUGAGAAAGAAAGCUCUUUCGACUAUGACCACUUCGCGGGUCGGGUCACCCGGGGCCGGCCCGUCUCAUCAGCAGCUUGGAGUCGUCCCGCGAUUGGGAGAAGUUGCCCCGGGACGACCCGGCCCGCAAAAAUGGAGAAGAUGGGUGGAAAUUGAGAAAGAAAGCUCUUUUUACGAUUUGACCACUUUGAGGGUCGGGUCACCCGGGGCUAACCCGCCUAAUCAGCAGCUUGGAACUGCGGUCUUUUUUUUUCGGAUACCGGCAGUUUGGAAAAAGUUUCUCAUGAUUUUUCGUGGAUUCAAAUGAAAUCCCGGUUUGAACGAGAUUUUCUUCGAACAAAUCACGUUUUUCAGAUUUUAUCAUUUUUUUUUUAUCAAUUGUAUGUUUUUAAGUGAUUUUUGUGGUGAAUAGGCAAAUUUUUUUCACGGAGGAUCUCAUUUUUUUUAAAUAUCGAUCGCAGAUUUUUUUUUUUUUAAUGUGUUCAUAACGUUAAUGACGAAAAAAACGAAAAACGAAAAAUGAAAGUUUUUAGUUUUGAAAAUUCGUGUCGGGCCCUUAAUUCAGAAGCAAACGCUUUUCCUCAAUUUUAUGAAAAGUUGAUAUUUUUCCGACAAUGAAACUCUAGAAGGAAGUUUUGUUGAAGUUUUGAAGCAUUUGAUCAUUUUUCUCUCAUAAAUCAAGCUUUCACACUAUUUUCACAUGACUUUAUUCUCACAGAGCGCCCUGGAAAAUGGUGAAAUUUCGGGAAACUGCCCGAAAGAGCCGCCGUCGGCCGUGGAUAGCCUCGUUUCCGCUUCCAUGCGCAAAUCGAUCACUUCGGUUCAUUUUUUUAUUUUUUUGUAUUCCAUUCAUUAAAAAAACUCUGAAAACUUCAUCGUUUUUACGAAGAAAAACCCUAGAUUUUUUUGGAAAAAUAUCAAAAUAUCCUGUCUUAGCUUACAUUACAGGUUUUCCGAACUUUAAAUUGUUCCCGGAACACAAAAAAGGAUAUUUUUUAGCCGGUGCUAGUUUUCUUGGCCUUUCCGAUAAAAUAAUUAUUUUUCAAAAGAUAAUCUUGGUUUUCAGGACAUCUCUACUGCAUCCACCACAUCAUCCAAGUGA